CAUUGCUUUCCUGGUCAUUAAUGCUUUCCUCAUGCUGAUAGCUGCCUACAAGAACCUGGUUUUGCUGGUUCUAACAACAAUCAUGGAGGUUGUUCUGGUCUGUUUCCUGUUGUCCACCCUGCAGCGACUGCCUUACCGGCUAGAAAUUGCCAUGCUUGCUCUGGUUUCAAUAGUUUGUAUAUAUGGAGCUCUGGCAUCACUGGUCAACUGCAUCUUCUCACAGAGACUGCUACCUAUGGGCCCUCCCUUAAUGAAGAAACAAAUGAAACGGGAAUCCUCUCCAGAGACGCCCUGUCCAGUGGCAAAUUCACGACUCACCAGUGGUCUCCUGAAGAUCGCUGCCCUUCUGGAGGAAGGUGGAGUCUGUGGUAUUCCCACAGACACAGUCUACGCCCUGGCCGCCUCCUGCAAGAAUCCCCAGGCUAUAGAGAAAAUCUACAAUAUUAAAGACAGACCAGCAGAGAAGCCCAUCUGUAUCUGCAUCUCUAGCGUGGAGCAGCUGGUAGAAGCCAAGCCUCCCUUCAGUCCUCUGCUCUGGGAGUUCAUGAGGAACGUGUAUCCUGGAGGCAUCAGCUGCAUUGUCAGCAAAGGCGACUGGCUAUUGAGGCUAGGAGUGGGACCAGCUUAUGACCGUGUUGGCACCAAGGACAGCAUCAUGAUCCGCGUCCCUGACCACACUGUGACCUGCCACCUAUGUGACAUCACUGGACCCCUUGCCAUUACCUCAGCCAAUCCCAGUGGAGAGGCAGACAGCACCCACCACAGCAUGGUCAUCAAUCGACUGGGACACAAGAUCCAAGGGGUUCUGUGUGAUGGGAACUCAAAUGAAGUUGUUGCUUCUACUGUGGUCAACUGCCUGAGGAUUGAUGAAGGGACCAUCACCAUUGUGAGGGAAGGCUGUGUUCCUGCAGUAAAGGUUCAACAGAUCUUUGACAGAGUGAAGAGCACUAUGGUGUGAUCGUCAUAUACUUCACUUUUUAAGCCCCUUCUUCUGCUCCUGCAUUUCCAAAGGCUUCUUUAAAAAACUAUGAAGAGGAUACAGUGAAAUCUAAUGUAGUGGUGGUUGUACCUUUCCUUUUUGUUGGUGUAAGUGUUCCAAUAAAAUCACUAGCCUAUGACAAUAUUCAAUGUUGCUUCUUCUUCAAAACCCAUUAUUGUAAUUUUAUAUUAUCACAUAUUUCACAUGACAUGUAAUACGACCAAAGCAUCGAAGAAUAAAUUAAAUACAUUUUCCACUAGAUUAUGAAGUGUUUUCACAAACAAUUGAGAUGUAAAGAAAUUAAGUAAUGCAAAG